AUGCAGUGCCUAGAGGACAUCAUUCCAGACGUCUGGCAAGACUUCAUGAAUCUCUUUCAGCAAACUGAGAUUUUCUCUGAUGCAGCAAUUAUCACCAACUCUCCUCCCUGGUUAUUGGCUUCUUCUCCUGAAGGCAACUUCUUCCUGAUAACUCCAGAAGAAAUCCAGUUCUUACUGGCAAGAGAGGAAAGAGAAAAGUUAUUUCUUCAGGGAGUCACCAUUGCUGGGAUCAAAUGCUUAUUAAUCCGAGACAACUUAUACACUGAGGGCAACAAUAGCAUGGAUCUGCGUACAAAAGGCCAAAGUCGAGGUAGCCAGGCAGUGGCAAUAGUACAAAUGGAGUCUGUGUACCUUGUGGUGAUGGGAAAAAGGGGGAUAGAAGGGGGCCCUCUCAAUCUCAAAGCUUUUGAGAUAGCAGGUUACAUGAGAGAGGCCAUUCUUCAACAAAUGGCCCGCUUUUAA